AUGGCGGCCGACGCGGAAGCGCCGAAGCUCAACCUCGAGCAGGACAAGAGCUACAAGGUGACGCUGGAGGGCGGCGAGGUCGCCGAGGGCACCGUGUACGCGGUGGACCCCGCUGCGGGCAUCGCGGUCUUCGUGCAGCCGGGCGACGGGCCGCACAAGUACAUGCUGCGCAUCCUGCCGCUCGCCGUGAUCAAGAGCGCGGAGGAGGUCGCGGCGAACCCGUGCCGGCCGCCCGACGACAUCACGGUCGACAACGAGCGCAUCGCGCGGCGCGAGCAGGAGGCGUGGCGGCGCGCGGAGGACGACAUGCUGCGGUACAACCCGGACGUGGACCAGGACGCGCAGAACCUGUUCCACGCGCUGUGCAAGACGAUGGACUGCCGGUGGGACGGCGCGUCGAUGGUGGUGCUGCAGGAGGUGGUCGUGCGGCCGCCCUACACGGCCGCGGACUGCCACCCGCUCGGGCCGCACACGCCCGCGAGCAGCCUCGAGCGGAUACGAAAGGUGCUCGAGGGCGAGCGGGCCAAGCUCAGCCUCGCGGUGGGCUCGAAAGGGUAG